GCAUUGGGAUCAAUGACAUGUUUUUCAUGAUUUCUGCCUGGCAGAAGACCAGCCUCAUGGAUAGUAUAAGACAGCAGAUGUCCAGUGCCUAUUCAAAGAUGUCAGUGUCCAUUACAAUCACCACCAUUACCAACAUCCUGGCCUUCUAUACAGGGAUUAUGAGCUCUUUCAGGUCUAUACAAUACUUUUACCUCUAUAUAAGAACAACCCUGCUCUUUUAUUAUUUUUACAACAUCACCUGUUUUGGAGCAUUUAUAGCCUAUAGUAAAAUAGAAGUACUCUGCUUAUGCUGAUUGAGAAAGCCAGAGACUCCUGACCACAUAUGUCCCUCAUUUUUAAAGUUCUGCUGUUUCCUUUUUGGUUCUGUCCCAGAUGAACAUGAAACUAACACCCAUCUAAUUGAUUGUUUCUUUAGAGACUAUUUUGGGCCUUUUCUCAUGAGCACUGAGUCCAAGCUUUUUGUAGUGCUGAUGUACACUUUGUACAUAGUAAGCAGUAUCUAUGGGUAUUUCCAAGUGCAGAAAGGUUUAGACCUUUGAAGUCUGACAAGUGACGAUUCCUACAUCAGACCACAUUUUCACACAGAGGAUUAUUUUUCAUAUUGUGGUCCCAGGGUUAUGGUUAUCGUUACUAAAACUGUUGACUGCUGGCAUGAAGAUGUUAGGCAAAAACAGGAAAAAUAUAUGGUAAAUCUUGAAGAAAAUGACUAUGUAGUUAAAAAUCUCACGUUUUGGUUAACAGCAUAUGUGCAAAAUAUGAAAGAUAAUAGACAAGAUCCUCAUGAUAAGAAUAAUUUUAGAAGUAGUAUUUCUGGGUUUUUUAAUAUUUUUCCAAUUUUUACUCAUGAUGUUAAUAUUUCAUCAUCAAAUGAAAUUGUUUCUUCCCAGAGCUUCAUCCAGACUAUUGGUGUUCUGUCAACCAAUAAGAAGAUGAUCAUGUUACUCCAAUUACAAGGCAUAGCUGAAGGGUGUGGUCCCCUAAUGGUGCAUAACCAGGCAUUUGUAUAUUUUGAUCAGUAUGCUGCAAUUUUCAAGCAACAUCUUAGCAUCUACAAAACAAAGGUCUGUCAAAGAACAUCUCCAAUAAGUCCUGGGGGACCUUAG